AGAGUAGCCUUAUUGCCGCCUUGCACAAGCGUCGCCCUUCGUACGAAACUUUGCACAAACUGGUUGGAGGUUCCCUUCGCUGCGUUUCAACGUUGUUCCUGUGUACAUUUCUUCGCUAUUUGUGGGAGAAAAUAUGCUUACAGGAUUAACUACUGGAAGCCACUUUCAGCCUGACGUAGUCAGAAUCUGUCACACAAGGCAAAUUCCUGGUUUAAAGCAGGACCCAUUGUGCUUUUCAAGUGCCAAAUUGCAUAGAAAGAAAACGAUUACUUGCGGAGCUAUCAAGGCAGAAGGUGUCUCCUAUAAGCCCGAGGAACGUAAAAAGAAUGGACCUUUGGUUAAGAUGUGUGGCAUUACAUCUGCUAGAGAUGCAGCUAUGGCAGCAGAAGCUGGUGCUGAUUUUAUUGGGAUGAUCAUUUGGCCCAACUCUAAACGCUCUGUUUCACUAUCUGUUGCCAAGGAGAUUUCAAGAGUUGCAAGAGAUUAUGGGGCACAGCCCGUUGGGGUGUUUGUGGAUGAUGAUGCAGACACAAUAUUAAGAGCCGCUGAUGCAUCAGACCUUGAACUUGUUCAGCUUCAUGGAGAUGGUUCCCGAGCAGCUUUUCCAGUAUUAGCCCAAGAUCACCUUAUAAUAUACGUUCUUCAUGCUAAUGAAGAUGGAACUCUUCUCAACCAGAUUUCUGCUGAGCAAUGUUCUCUGGUUGAUUGGGUUCUUGUAGAUAGUGCAAAGGGUGGUAGCGGUAAGGGAUUCGAUUGGAGCCAGUUUAAGCUACCAAAUAUUAGAAGCAAACAUGGGUGGCUCUUGGCAGGAGGGAUAAAGCCUGAGAAUGCUUGUGAGGCUCUUUCUACCCUCAAACCUCAAGGAAUUGAUGUUAGCAGUGGCAUUUGCGGCCCGGAUGGCAUCCAGAAGGACGAAUUGCGAAUAUCUUCCUUCAUGAGUGCAGUACAUUCAGUAAACUACUGACUGAAUCUGAGAGGAAACGGUUCAAAUUUUCAAGACUCAAUCAGCUUGAUAUAAAUCUGUUACUGCGGGUUAUCCAUUUAAUUUGUUAUGUAAGGGCAACGUUUUGGGCCUUCUGUAUUGUUUGUUGAGAAGAUAUCAAAUAAAGAGAGAAGACCAAAAUGCAAGUGGUCUGAUAAUAUUGUUCUUUUUUGAUUGGUUAAGCAUUGUGGCUCGUUCUUGGUACCAAAAAAUAAGAAUUACAGCUGGUUGUUUUC